GAAGCCGCUCGCGGGCGCCGGGUCCAGCCGCGGGCUGAGCGCGGAGCCGCGGCGGGCACGGGAUCCGGCCGGGUGCAAGCCGAGCGCAGCCUCCCUCCCCUCCGGGCCGAGCGGGCCGAGCGGGCCGAGCGGGCGGAGCAGGCACGGCGCGCCGGGCCGCCGCCGGGGGGAUGCGGCUGCUUUCCCGGACCGGCGUGUAGAGAGGGCGGGUCCCCGGCCUCCGGAGCGCGACGGUGGAGGGGACGGAGGCGGCGGCCAUGGCGACCCCCGGCAACCUGGGGUCCUCUGUCCUGGCAAGCAAGACCAAGACCAAGAAGAAGCACUUCGUAGCGCAGAAAGUGAAGCUCUUUCGGUCCAGCGAUCCGCUGCUCAGCGUCCUGAUGUGGGGGGUAAACCACUCGAUCAAUGAAUUGAGCCAUGUUCAAAUCCCUGUUAUGUUGAUGCCAGAUGACUUCAAAGCCUAUUCAAAGAUAAAGGUGGACAAUCACCUUUUUAACAAAGAAAACAUGCCGAGCCAUUUCAAGUUUAAGGAAUACUGCCCGAUGGUCUUCCGGAACCUGCGGGAGAGGUUUGGGAUUGACGAUCAAGAUUUCCAGAAUUCCCUGACAAGGAGCGCACCCGUCCCCAAUGACUCCCAGGCUCGCAGCGGAGCGCGCUUCCACACUUCCUACGACAAAAGAUACAUCAUCAAGACGAUCACAAGUGAAGAUGUAGCUGAAAUGCACAACAUCCUGAAGAAAUACCACCAGUAUAUAGUGGAAUGUCAUGGGAUCACCCUUCUUCCCCAAUUCUUGGGCAUGUACCGGCUUAAUGUUGAUGGAGUUGAAAUAUAUGUGAUUGUUACAAGAAAUGUGUUCAGCCACCGCUUAUCUGUAUAUAGGAAAUACGACUUAAAGGGCUCCACAGUGGCCAGAGAAGCUAGUGACAAAGAAAAGGCCAAAGAACUGCCAACCUUGAAAGAUAACGAUUUCAUUAAUGAGGGCCAAAAGAUUUAUAUUGAUGACAACAACAAAAAGGUGUUCCUGGAAAAACUGAAAAAGGAUGUUGAGUUCCUUGCCCAGCUGAAGCUCAUGGACUACAGCCUGCUGGUGGGGAUCCAUGACGUGGAGAGAGCCGAACAGGAAGAGGUGGAGUGGGAGGCAAAUGAUGGGGAAGAGGAAGGCGAGAGUGACGGCACACACCCUGUGGGGACACCCCCAGACAGUCCCGGAGACACGCUGAACAGCUCGCCGCCCCUGGCUCCCGGGGAGUUUGAUCCAAACAUUGAUGUCUAUGGAAUUAAAUGCCAUGAAAACUCUCCUAGGAAGGAGGUGUACUUCAUGGCGAUCAUUGACAUCCUGACUCAUUACGAUGCAAAAAAGAAAGCUGCCCACGCCGCAAAAACCGUUAAACAUGGCGCCGGUGCGGAGAUCUCAACAGUGAACCCAGAACAGUAUUCAAAGCGCUUUUUGGACUUUAUUGGCCACAUCUUGACGUAACCUCCCACGCAGCCUUGGAUGGACAUGAGCAUGGGAAGGACAGAGGUGGCUUCCAUGUAGGAAAAACAAAAACGAAACUCAGUGGAGCACACCUCCCCAUUUACACCUUCAGGCCAAGACGACUGAUUUGGAGCUACUUGCUUUAACAGCUACCUGAUAUUUCCCAGCAUCAUUCUAGCUAUUUCUGACAUGUAUAUGUGUGUGUUUGUGUCAGAGAGAGAAAGAGGGCACAUGUGUGUGCAUCUUAACAAAUUAUUAAUUAAUUAAACAAUGAAAACCGACCAGCUUCGGUCAGAGUGUGUUUGGGCAUCAGCCCUCAUUCCUGCUAUGGGCGGAUAGAUGGAUGAAUGAGCCCAUGCAGGGGGGAGGGGAGAAGGAAAUGCAUGUCAGACCAACCAUGUUGGCAUCACACAAUAAACUGUGGAUCAGUUUAUUUUUUGGAGUUGAAAGAUGUGACAGUAUUCAUAAUAAUAAUGAAGAUAAUAAUAAUGAUGAUAAUAAUAAUAAUGAUGGUGAUUAAAAGAAAACUGCGAACGCUACACAUCUGCCAUGCACGCUGACACUCCUGAAUAGUUGUACCGCGAGCCCUGGCCCUGGUCGGAGGAGUGCUGGCAUUUCCCUGGGGUCCUGGUCCAGGAUCCUGCCCCCACACGGUGUCAGUACUCUGGUGUCCAGGGACAAAGGGCCCCCCUCCAGCAAAAAGCUGAUGCCCCUGGUGACUCUUACCUUCACCUCAGUAAAUAUGUCCAGGAAAGCCGCUUACUUCUCUUUUCUUGCCUGAAGUUUCUUCACUGUUACGCUCUUAUGUUGCAAUGUAGGACUUAAUGCUACAAAACAAAAAUAAAGCCUACCUGAAAAGUGCAUAGUUUGGGGCAAUGGUAGCUGCACCUCCCGCCGUGGGCAGGUGAGCCGGCAUUAGAACUCAAUUCUCCCGUUACAGAGGGCAAAUCUGAAUUAGAAGGUGUUUCUGUUUGACUGCUGUUUAAACAGUGGUAUUUUGUUAUGAAUUAUCCCUUUAACUGAAACCCUCUAUUUCACUGUUUACAUUAUUAGGAAAACAGGGACAUUUUUGAAUCUAAAAAUUUAAUGUACAGCAUGUGAUUUUUGAAGUUUACAUGUAAAGUCAUUUUACAGUGUAGGUGAAAUAAUGUCUGUCCUGUUUUGAAGUGUAUCCUGCAGUCAUGUUUUUUGGGUGAAUGUUUUAUUCAAAGUACAGUGUAGGCAGUCUUAUACAAUAAAAGGAAAAGGAUUGUUUUUUUUCCUCCAGAUGCACAUUUAUCAACCUAAUGGUCAGUUUUUUAAAUACUUCACUGAAAUUUGGCUUAUGUAAGGUCAUUGCCCUAAACUGUGCUGAUUGUGUUUAAUCACGUUGUAAAUUUCCAACAUUGAUCAUGUAUUUACCAACUUCCCAGCAUUUUCUGAGAGGCGUCAUGCUAAAAUAUUAGACUUGCUUAGAGUAUGUUAACAAUUUACACACUGUGCUAAAGCUGUGCCUUUGAAAUUCUUUGUCAAAAAUGGGAUGAUUUUUGUAGGCAAUUUCAGGAAAGAAAAAAUCCACCCUUCAAUAAUUACUCAUAAUGCAACAAAUACCCCCUGAAUACUGCCUCUUCUGGUAACUUCAGGGCUUACCAAGACUGACACUGUGCCCAGUGUACAUGGGCUUACUUCAGAAACACGGGUGAUAGCAAAUCAGGAUCUUUGGAAGCCAGCAGCAAUGCCUUUCUGCUACCAUCCACUGACUUCACAUAGAUUGUAAUCCCAAGCAGGUAAUCUACCACCACUGUGACAUGGUUGUCCAAAUCUGCAUUUGAUGCAUUUAAAUCAAUCGAGACUAUAACUGGGUUUCCUCCACCCUCUUCAUUCUGGCAUUGAGUCCCGUUUUCAGUGUUCUGAAGUUAUACUUGGGUUGCUUUGACCCACAACUACAAAAGUGAGACGUGUACUAAAGAGAAGGUACAUAUAGAUUAUUUGAGUAACUAUUCCCUUUGUGGCCAAUCUGUGUAUGCUUUUAGACGUUUACAAAAUGCUUUAUUUUUGUCUUUAAACAGUCUCUGUUGUUCAUUUCUGUCGAAAAACUAUUUGGACAGAGUGAGGAAGUUUGCCUCCUUGUCCUAGUGCUAACAGCACACUCCAGCCAUGAACCAGGCUUUACAAAAUAAAGCACUUUGAUGACUCACAAGGUG